AAAAUAAACAAAGACACAUAACCUACAAAAUUACAAUAUUAGUUUGAACUUUGAAUUGAUCAUUGAAUCAUUACAGUAUGUUAUUGAAUUAUAGUUUUAUCAUUAAGUAAAUAAAGUGUAAUUUCUCAUGGAAAGUCUAUUUAGUGUUUGUUUAAAAUCGUAAUUGUCACAGCAUAAUGUAAUUUUAAAAACAUCAAAAGAAACAAAAAUGUCUGUAUUGAGAAAUAGUUUUAGCCGGACUUCAGCUGCUAGAAGAUUAUUAUUUUGUUCAUUAAAAAUUAAUUCUCCGAGUAUUUUUUGUGUCAAAUGCAGAAAAUUUGUACAAUAUUCAACUACUUCAGAAACUAAUGUUAUUUCUGGAGCUGUAACUUUGCCCCGAUAUCUAAAUUCAGUGAUCAAAUUCAAAGGACCUAUAAGUGUAUUUGAAUUUAUGAGAGAAGCUUUAACAAAUCCUAUUCAUGGUUAUUAUAUGCACAAAGAUGUAUUUGGUAAAUCUGGUGACUUCAUCACAUCUCCUGAAAUUAAUCAAAUGUUUGGAGAGUUAAUAUCUAUCUGGAUAGCCAAUGAGUGGAUGAAACUGAAUAAGCCUAAACCACUAUUUCUCAUAGAACUUGGACCAGGAAGAGGUACAAUGAUGUCUGAUAUCCUACGGGUAUUCAAAAAACUCAACCUACUGGAGAAUGUGAGCUGUCAUUUGAUCGAAGCCAGCCCGAAAAUGACUCGAUUGCAAGCUGAGAGUUUACAUAUUGAUUUGGAAAGCCUGAACGACGAACCGAAUGACAGCCAGUGCUUCUGUUCAGGCACAACCGUAGAAGGUGUUCGCGUGCAUUGGUACAACCAUCUCAAAUCGGUACCUCCUGCUUUUUCUGUUGUUGUGGCACAUGAGUUUUUCGAUGCUCUCCCGGUACACAAAUUCCGUAAAACAGAAAAAGGCUGGAGAGAAGUGCUCAUUGACAGCAGCGAUCCAACCGAUUUGGAAGCCAAAAAAUUCAGAUACGUUCUGUCUCCUAAUCCAACCAUAGCAACCAAACUGUUUGUCAAGGAAUCAGACACCAGAUGCGAGAUCGAAGUGAGUCCUGAUUCUCGAAUAAUCAUGAAUGAAUUGGCCAACAGAUUGGAACAAUUUGGUGGUAUGGCUCUAAUUGCCGAUUAUGGCCAUGAUGGCUCCCAACCAAAUAUGGACACAUUCAGGGCUUACAAGGGUCAUAAACAAAUAGAUCCCCUCCAUGAUCCAGGGUCUGCCGACCUAACAGUUGAUGUUGACUUCAAUUUCCUGAAGAACAAUACUCUAGACAAAUUAAUAUCAUUUGGUCCUAUCACGCAGAUGGAGUUCUUAUCUAGAAUGCAAAUCGAUGUUAGAAUGAAAGCACUGCUUGAGAAAAGCAAUGACGAAGAUGCUAAGAAGUCGAUAAUUUCCGGAUACAACAUGAUGAUGGACCCUAAACAAAUGGGAGAACGAUUCAAAUUCAUGUGCUUUUUUCCUGCUGUAUUGAAAGAUUAUCUCGAGAGAGUACCAGUUGCCGGAUUUUCAUCCUGAAUCUUGAAGAAGAAGCCCUCAGUCCUAUACUUGUGCUUGAGUAAUAUUCAUGAGAAGUAUGAUGACUUCGGGAAGAUUUUUCUGAGAUAAGAUCUGAGGUGAACAGAUGAUGAGAUUUUAAUAGGUCUAUCAGACCCUACACAUUAAUUAAGAGCAUCAGAUAUCAAUGUACAGGAUAAACUCCUGCUUGAUGAAUUUAAUUGCUACUGCUAUUCUAAAUACUUUUCUAUAAAUAAAUAAUGUACGUCGUUAUUUAAUAAUAUAGCACAAAUAAAAAUAUUGUAUAAUGUUAUUCAA